CCUGAGACAGCAGAAUGGAGGGGACGACGGGGUGACAUGGACGGGGUCCAGCCUGGCUGGGUCCCCGCCAGGGGAAAGUCCUUCCCGCCUCUGGGGAACGGAAGUUUGGCCGUAGACGGUAGCAGCAGCUCCUGGCCCCCGGUCCCGCUGCUGCCAGGCCGCGGCAUCACAGGACACCGAGUCCUCAGGGAGCAGCUGAGCGAGCGUGGCCAUGAAGAUCCCGUGGGGCGAUGUCUCCGUGCUGCUCCUGCUGCUGCUCUUACCUCUGCUCCGUGUCUCCCGGGUCCAGAGCAGCUGUGUUGGGCACCCAGCCAUUCCUGGUAUUCCAGGCAUCCCUGGGGUACCCGGCUCUGAUGGCCAACCUGGGACUCCAGGAACAAAAGGAGAGAAAGGGUCCCCAGGGCUAGCUGGAGACCAUGGUGAAUUUGGAGAGAAGGGCGACCCAGGGAUUCCUGGGAAUCCAGGAAAAGUUGGGCCCAAAGGCCCCAUUGGUCCUAAAGGUGCCCCAGGGAUCCCUGGAGGCCCUGGCCCCAAGGGAGAAUCAGGAGACUACAAGGCCACACAGAAAGUGGCCUUCUCGGCCUUGAAGACCCUCAGCGCUCCUGUAAGAGCAAAGCAAGCCAUCCGCUUCGACAGCGUGAUCACCAAUGUGAACAAGAACUACGAGCCUCGCAGCGGCAAGUUCACGUGCAAAGUGCCAGGUCUCUACUACUUCACCUACCACGCCAGCUCUCGCGGGAACCUGUGCGUGAACCUCAUGCAGGGCCGGGAGCACCUCAAGAAGGUGGUCACCUUCUGCGACUAUGUCCGCAACUCCUUCCAGGUCACCACAGGGGGCGUGGUCCUCAAGCUGGAGAGGGAGGAGAUGGUCUACCUGGAGGCCACCAACCAGAACGCCCUGCUGGGCAUCGAGGGUGCCAACAGCAUCUUCUCAGGUUUCCUCCUCUUCCCGGAUGUGGAGCUGUGACGUGCCGGGCUGAGUCACAGCCACCCAAAGCCUCCCGAGCUGGCCAUACCCACUUUACCCCCUGCCCGCCAAGCACAGAAUAGAGCUCUGUAAAUGAUGAGCAAUGAAUGGGUCAAUAAACUCUCAGAAACCAAA